GGAGAAGACAAAUAGAUUAGUGGGGAGAACUCUGGCCUAUCAUUAUAAUUUCACACCUAAUCCGAGGAGAUUACUUUUUCAAUUCCACAAUAUUAUCCCUCGCACUUGCUGCGUUGCAAGGCAUAAAGUGAAAGAAAACUUUUCACUGGCCUCUUUGCAUUUUCCGGCUGCAACUUUGCACCCACAUCCACCCACAUCCUUGCAGCAUCCUUGCAGCUCCCGUUCCGGGUGCUUGGCCAUUAAAGGUCACAGUUAAUAUUCAUUUCUGUGCUGAAAACUUUGCUGUCUUCCUUCCACUUUGCUUCUCUGGGCCCCUUUCUCCUAAUUUCGCCUCACCGCUGGCCUUUUAAAGCAAUUUAAGCUGAUUAAGUGCAAAGCUGACGUUCCCAAUGGACACUGCCGACGGGAGCCCAUGAAGGAACCCGGGAUCCGCUUAAGGAUAUUGCUCCUGACGCUGUCCAGAAACUUAAAUUGCUGGCGAAGUUUUCGUGGCGAAGUCCUGAGAAAGAUUUCUAAAUAUUCCUGCAAUCCCUGGGGAGCUGUGGUUGCACCAAAAGCGGUUGACAUUCAUUGCAUUUUGCAGAAAUACUUUAAUGAUUUUAAGAUUUUACUUGUACUUCCUUAAAUCAAUUAGCUAUCAAAAAUUGAUUUAAAUAUUACUAGUCAACAUACCUGCAUCUUAAACUUCGCAUUUCGUGCUACUUCUUUUUCAUUAACUCAAUUUUAAUAUUUAAGUUCCUUGUUGUUUUUUUAAUGGAAACCCGCUCCUUACAGUUUAAGCUUCAUUUAUAAUUCCAUUAAUUAAUGAAGCCCAUUAAGAUCCCGACACCUCAUUUCGCUUCUUUGCACAGGUAUUUCCCCAUUCUAUUCGGUUUAAUUGCGUUUUUCUCUUUGAAUAUAUGGAAUUGCAGUAGUAUGCUUAAUGUUGAACACAGUUUUUAUUUCAUCUCUCAUUUCCUUCGACUGUCUGCUUUGUGAACUGUGAAUUGCAGAGUGUCUGGUGAAUCAUUAAUUGCAUUGAUUUCGAUUGUAAUGAGCCAGCUAAUGAAACGUCAACAGUGUGAAGUGGCCAUAAACCCCAGCGGAUUCCUUCUAUGAAUCCUGAACAUCUGUUGCGUUUAAAGUUUUUAAGCUAUUUAUGAAUCGAUACCCUCGCUAAUCCUUUUUGGUGGACCUUAUAAAAGUGCGCGGAUUAGCAGGCUGUCUUUUGCCAAAGAUUUGUGUAAAAUUGGUGCGCGGAAAACACGCAAAACUCGCGUGUUCGGGUUGCAAUUACCGGGAAAUCGCUCCUUUGACAAAUCUUCCUUUUUUACUUUCACAGCUUAGGUAGUAGGUAGUGGCCUUAGGUAGUUUCCCGGAAUUAAGUUAAGUUCGGCUGGGUUUCAAUAGCAUGGCUACCUGAACUUUUGCCACCAGCUGUCGGGGGCGACAACUGGACCAGGUAGUCCUUAGAAUUUCAGAUAUAUAAACUGUGCGUUCCUUGCCUCAACAUCACAUUCGUACUUCAACCGUCAAGCGUCAACAUGAGCAUCAGCACAUUCAACUUCCAGUUCUACAACUACAAGCUGAGUCCGUCGUCACCGGGAUUUGGCAGUGCGGCCUCCCGUUCCUCCUCCUCCUUCAUCAGCGAACUGGAAAUGGACAUUGACGAGGACAUGUCCGGCCAGCCCACCAUCACAUCCACGCCCAAGCCGCGUUUCACCAGCCAACUGGCCGUGGAACUGGCCAAAACGGAGCCGGGUAAUGGUAUAUCCCCACUGCGACCCAAAUUGCAUACGGCCCAGAAACGCUGGUCCAUGGAGUUGAGGGAAAAAGUGCUGGAAAUGUCCAAGCGAAAUAAUGGCCACGAGAAACCACAAACCGCAGGGCAACAGGAACAGGAACAGCACCAGCGACUGCAACUGGAGCAGCAGCAGCAGCAGCCACAGGAGCAACCACUGCAAGCGGAGGAAGUGCAGCAUCAGCAGCAGGAACCCACUGUCACCGACAAAAUCAACUUCUUCAACAAACUGACCAACACCUUUGAGUCCGGUUUCAACAAACUGAUGCCCCAAGGUAGCGCCACCAACAACCGCUUCAUAGCCAUGUUGCGCACCGCCCGUCCACAGAACGUGGCCACUACCACCGCCAACAGCAGCACCGCCAACAGUUUCCUGGGCAGCAACCACAGUCUCAGUGGUUCCGUUACCGGUCAAGUGCCACCACCCAAGCCCAAGAGACUGGCGGCCACCGCCGCCCAGUUUGCCACGCCCCUUGUGCCCGGCAUGGGCGUGGGCAAGGGGGGCAGUCAGCGCAAGUGCUCCCUGCGCCGCAAACCUUCGAUGGACAAGUCGAGGGCCACCAUUUCGCGCCAGAGCUCCAGUGCCUCGGUGCGAACCCAGAACCACGCCAUCAUGGAGGACCUUAGUUUGGUGGUUCCCGUGAGAUUGCGCAUCGCGGAGUACGAGCAGCGGAUCUCGAUGAGUGCUUAGCUCCAGAAACUAGAUUAAUUUGGCCGAGGAUGUGCGGGCCUCAAGGAACUCGCAGGCCAACGUCUAUCGCUUUGUGGAGGCCUUUCGCCAGCACGGGCACAAAUUGGCAGCCGUAAAUCCCAUCAGCAUCAGGACGAG